AUGGAAGUUCUAUCAUUAGUCCUUGAUACAGCGAAAUCUAAAGUGUUCAGCGUAGAGAAAUUGAUAUUUCGUUCAUCGUUCGGUAAGACUUGUUCAGUAUUGUUAUUUAUAGAAUUGUCAUUGUCUUGUAAAUUUUCCGUAUUAUUUUGUGCAAUAUCAGGUGUAACUAUUUUCCUUGGUCUUCCUCCAACACCCUUGCGAGUGUCCUUUUUUGGCCUUCCACGUUUAUUAGCAGACGAUUGACUU